AUGCCCGCGAAAUAUACUGCUUUAACCUUUCCCAUGUCGGUAAGGCGUCUGUCAUCAAGGGAAUACUCACGAUAUCCGACCGAGGACGGUUGGACUCAUCCCUAUACGGAACAGCCAUCGCUAAGCGAUAUAGAGUCGGACGCAGUAUCCGUGUCUGGUGUCAUAGCCGGUAGUAUAAGUGUCAAACAUUUAUGUUAA